AUGCACAACUAUUGAUAAAAAAAGUCAUAUGUUUCAAAGUGGUUGAAAUUUUUUCAAUAAUUUUAAAUUAAAUUUCAGUUUUGAAAUCAUCUUAUAUUAUUUUCGAACAUGUCUUCGUGAAAUAUAGGAGUUCCUCAAUCCUCACAAAGUAAACCGAAACCCGAAGAAGUUACUACAAGUAAAUGCUUCAUAGAAUUUUCAAGUUGACUUUUUCUUAUCAAGUACAUCCGAUGUGUUAUGUGUUUGGGUCCAAAUACUUUUCAAGAUAUCGUUUAACAUGGCUGUGAACCAAAAACAAGAAGUAAUUCUGUUGCAUACAGAGAAUCACAAGAAUACUUUUUAUUUACCUCUGAAGAGAAGUGAACGAAUCAAGUACACUUGCUUCACGGUAUCGAAGAAUUAUAUCGUGUUUGGAGCUACCAGCGGAGGUCUAUAUGCAUUCAAAAGAAAUCCUUGCAGCUUUUGGCAGCUAAUCCCUAGCAAAGAAAGCGCUGUCACUCAUGUAUCUAUUUCAUCUUCGGAGAAUUUUAUUGCUUUCUCGACCAACAAAGGCAUCUUGUGUAUUUUGGAACUGAACGAGAUCAACUGCGGUAAACUAGUUAUACGAUCUGAUGAUCUGAGCGAUUCGGAGAUUUCAACUUUAUGUUGGACAGAUGAUAACAACAAACCUACUCUUUAUGUGGGUGACAGUACCGGACGAGUUUCGUUCUUAAAACUAUCUUUUCUGAGUAAAAACAUUCUUCACCUGCCUACCACUAUUUUCAUGACUCUGGAUUCGAAAAUCAUACAGUUAUGUUGGCUUAGCGAUUUCCUUCUCGUUUCUACGUUAUCGAGAUGUUAUUUAUGUGAUACGGUCAAAGAGCAAUUUAAACAGAUCGGUCACCAAUUACGUGACGGUAUGUACGGCGCGUGUUUCACGAAAAAUGCCAACAAUAUUAGAAUUUUCUGCGCUCGACCAGGAUCCAGAUUAUGGGAAGUAAAUCUCGAUGCUGUCGUCCAUAGCACUCAUCAGUUCAAACAGCAGUUGGCCAUACCUCCAUCUUCGUUCAUCUCAGUCUACGAAGAACCGAGAAUCAUCGGUAAAGAGCAGAAUAAAACCGAAUGGUCGGCUCAGUCGUUCAAUUUCAUCAAACUGUACGAUUUACUAGGCCGAUAUAUAUUCACGUAUAAAAAAGACGGAAUAUAUAUUCUGAACGUCGACAUGGCCAACAUAUUAUUUUGGAGUAAUUUCUUCACAGAUAUUGUCGACGUUCAGUGUAUCUCUAACAAUAUCUUUUUAUGGACUGCUCAAGGAGAUCUACACGAGCUGGUUUUAUUACCGGUGGAAAAGUGUCUGCUGAGCUUAUACUUGAAGAAACAAUACUCCUUAUGCGUCGAUGUAAUUUGCUCGCACUUCGAUCGAUUAACGCAAGAAGAACCGCUGGCAACAUUACAUCCUUUACGUGACUUCGAAUACCCUGAAAUAGAUUCGGAAAAGUGUGAAAUUUUUCAAAACUUCAAACAGAAAUUGAAAUCUAUUCCCAUCCAAGGCGUCGAAUUGAGUUCCGGUAUUUAUAUGGUGAAUAACGCGCAUUUAUCCAGUCGCCUGUUGGACGAUAAUCGUUUACAAUCGACGCACAAGCAUCGCUCUCUGAACAGAUGCGAUUCCGAAGAAAGUCGUCAACGAUCUCACAGUUUACCUUCGAAUUUGAAAAAGACACACGAAAACGAUACGAAAUCCAGCACUUUUACAAUCUCUUCGUUCGCUCAAGAUUUGCAAGCUUCCGAAAACCUAUACUUGGAAAUGGGCUUAUACAGUUCGCCUUAUUUGACGUUAGCAUCUUACGAAAUACUUCAAGAUAGCUUCGCCGAGUUGGGAGCCAGUUUUUCGGAAAAAUUCACCGAAAGCUCUAAACACCUGAAGGAGAAAUGGCAGCUGUUUGAAAAUAAACUAAAUUCUCUUCGUAAUAAAAAGCCAGACGAAAAUAAUCUUCUUCGGGAUCGUCUCAUGAGCCAAUACGGUGAUAUGAAAGGAGAUCGUACUGACGAUGACGACGAACCAAUCGUAGAAGUACGUAAAAAGAAAACCGUCCAAGUGGAAUUUGAUUUCUCUCAGAUAAUCGAUAAAUGUAACGAAAUAGACGAAAAUUCGCCGGAUGUCGAUUCGGAUAAAGUCAUUAAUUUACUCAAUACCAUUAUCGAGGAAUUUUUCAAAGUAUCCGAGAGGCUGGGAUUCGAUGUAAAUUCGUCGUAUUCGUGUUUUCCUUUCAACUCGAUGCCAGAUAAGGAAGUUGUCAAACUCAAAAAGGUUUUCAAGACUUUCUUCGCUAAGAAUAAUCUGCUCGAUUGGUUCGACAGUAGAUCGUUUCCUCUACAAAUCGAUAAUGUGAAUUGGGUCGAGAAGCAUCCUUCGUUACUCAGACAGAUAUUUACAGCCGAUGAUUUGAAACUAGAUUACCUGCUUAGCAAAGUGUUAGCAAUAUUCUCCGAACUUCUAAACGUUUCGUCGAUAUUGGAAAUGAUCAAAUCGUUCGAAUUAUCCUGUUAUUAUUUAUCAUUCUGCUACAUUAUAAAAUAUUAUCAAAACGGAGACGUUCGACUGGAGAGGAAUAACCAUACGAAAACGAAAAACAAUCAGUGGCCUUUACCGGUAUAUUUGAACGCUAUGUUAUUAAUGAUCAGCGUAGAUCAAUGGGAAGCAUUUUACGAAAUGGGAUUGAAAAAUAACAUCGACGCUUGCGACGUUGCCUACAUGAUGUUACAUCUAGAAGCCAACAUAAUGGAUAGCGGUGAUAAAUAUAAAGAAAUUUGUCUAACGUAUAUCCAAAGACUUUGUCUAAAGGAUACCAGCUGUUUGAAGAAUAUCAGCAUCGUGUACCUCGCCAUCAAACUGUUCGUUUACUUGAAUGAGAAAUUCGAAUCGUGCUGCGCCUCGUGCUGGUUCCUACUUCCUCAGCAAACAUGCAGAGUGAAAUUCCUUCCAUUAGGUCAUCUGUUGAUGGCUCAUAUUUGGAGUAUUUUCGAGGAUCAAUAUCUAAGCGUGACCCAUUCCAACGUAACGAAACAAUUAUUACCUUACGAAUCGUUGUUAUUUUUCGAAAGAUUAGUCAACGAAAGAGAAUACGAACCUUUAUCCAAUAUAUGCUACAAAAAUGCAGACAAAUGUGUUCACGCUGUUUGUGAAAACCUGAAAACAUACGUCCAAGAUAUUUCUGCGGAUAACCUUCGUUCUUUGUUAUUAUUAUUCCAUCUUAUAUGCAGCCUAUGCCAUCGUAUCCCUGAAUUAUGGAAAUAUCUACCGUCCUUGCAAAGAAAUAGUAAAUUGAAGCUGUUCCACGUGCAACAUUUCUUGCAAUUGGGAAUGAUCGAAGAGAUCGAAUCGUAUUUCGAGAUACUUACGGUCGAAGAUGCGCAGAAAAUAUUGACCAUGAAUGCUAGCCUCGGUAAUGGUAUUUGUCUGAAUUGCGGUAGUAAAAUGCCCAGCUGUGGGAUCCUAUCGUGGAAUAAAUUAGCUGUAUUCAUACUGAAACGAAUAAAUGUCAGAAACACUCUGAAAAUAUUGAGCGAAUUUUCUGAAAAUAUUCAAUUAGAUAAAAGUUUUUAUCGAUCAGCGAUUUUAACGUCUGUACCUGGCAUUGGUAACGAAUUAAGGGACCAAGUUCUGGCUUCUGUUGGCGAUCAUUUUGACGUGAAUCGCGUUUCAUUGGACGUCCACGAACAGCUCAGCGAAGCUUUGAAAAAGGAUAAAUUGGAGAAAGCACUGAAAAUCAGACCAUCGAAUGCCAACCAUUGGGGAAUUUCUAUAAACGUCGAUGAUACCAAUCAAGCGAUUUGUUACUGCUGCUCAUUACCAUUAUUCUCGCAAUCACUUAUCAAAGAAGAUAACGGUGGCAUCAUGGUGUUCUCGUGUAAUCACACAUAUCAUACCGUAUGUUUGAAAAACAAAGAUUGCACUGCCAUAUGUUUAGUUUGCGAUAGAUUUUUACGCUAGACUAUUUACUUAUAAUAAAGACACGAUCGGUGUAUCGAUUUGUAAUAUUUCGAAUGCCAUUCCACUAGUCAUCAUAUGUACAAGCUAUAAAUAUAAUAAAAAGUAAUCGGUACUUACGAUAUUAUGAUAGGUUCAUAAUAUAUUAUUAUCUUAAUAUGUGUGUACUUCAUACGUUGAAUAUUUUCGUUGGUUAUUUUACAUAAUUUUGUGUUGUUUUUUUUUUACCCAUCGUCUUAAAAACAAGUUACCUAUCUCCUCUUCUUUCUGUAUAUUUUAAUUUUUUUUAUCAUUUUUAUCAUGUUUUAACGCUUCUUUUUCGGCGCAUUUAUCGUUACGAAUUCGUGGUAUACGUUGCUUCCAAUAAUUUUAUUAUUUUUUAUUUUUAUUUAGUUACUAUUUCAAUUUUCUGUAUAAUUUUAUUUUUCUAUUUCAAUUUUCUGUAUAAUUUUAUUUUUUGUAACUAGUCAACUGCGCGUCUCUCGUAUGAGCUCAAACCACCUUGUACACUGUGUGCCUUCGUGAUAACAAAAUUUUGAUUUUUGUAAAUUCGUCUACUCGUUUAUUUUAUAUACCGUUCAUUCGUUCUCAUCGGGUAAGAUUUUUCGGCUUACGUAACACGGCGGCGCGAUUUCACCUAGAAAUUGUUCACGGCGAUUGUUUAUUACGUGGAAAAAUUGUUUUUAAAAUUCAAACACAUAGGCAUAUUGAUCAUGAUGGAAAAUGUUUGUGAGAGAGCUUGUUUGUUCAAGUGCUGCAAUAACGUUCGUACAUGAGUCGUCAGAGUAUUGCGUUGAUUCGAGCAAUAUUCAGAACUGAAUCACAUGCGAUAUCCUGGGUGGGGUUAAAAGGGGGUACAAAGGGGAAUCUGGAGGUAAAAAAAUUGAACUUUCCAAUCACUGGAAAAAGCAUGUCUGUAUUGAACAUGUUGUGAUGUUGAGAGUAUUUUCACUAUUAUUUUUUAAUAUAAUAUUUUGUCGUUUCUCUUCUCGUUGUUUUGUUGUUUAUUUUACUUUUUUUUUUUUUGUACCGAAAAGAAUUUUUCCGUGUUAUAUAUUAACUUGAUGUGAAACCUAGUGAUAGUACCUAUACGUAACGUACGUAUUGUAUGUAUGUAAUUAAGUGACAAAAGCAAAUAAGUAACGCAGAUGUUUCUGUUUGUUUUAAAAUGGUAAAUUAUAAAUGGGAUGUAUAUGA